GGUGUAUAAAACCAAGGCUCCUCAGGAGAAGCUUAUGGUGUACUCUCUGCUCCGUUUCUCUCGAGUCUCUUCUCUGGGUCAUGGCAAGGAGCUGGAAUGUUGAUGGUAGAGCAAUAGCAAAGAAAGUAAGGAAUGCUUCCGUGUCUUCUGUUCUUCACAUCGAAGGCUGUGGAGCACAUAGUGAAUGCCCAAGUUGCCACUGUCGCAUAGAUAACAGCGAUGUUUCUCUGGAGUGGGAUGGUCUACCUGCUGGGGUAAAGUUUGAUCCAUCUGAUGUAGAGCUUGUUGGACACUUAGCAGCUAAGUGUGGUACUGGAACAUCAAAACCCCACAUAUUAAUCGAUGAGUUUAUCCCAACACUUGAGGAGAAUCAAGGAAUUUGCUACACUCAUCCAGAAAAUCUUCCAGGUGCUAAGAAAGAUGGUAGUAGUAUCCACUUCUUCCACAAAACAAUCAAUGCUUAUGCUACUGGUCAGCGCAAGCGCCGAAAGAUCCACAAUCAACAUGAUGAGAAUCAGGAGGAUGUUCGUUGGCACAAAACAGGUAAGACUAAACUGGUCAUAGACAAUGGUGUUGAGAAGGGCUGGAAGAAGAUCAUGGUUCUUUAUAAGAGUUCAAAGAAGGGUUCCAAGCCUGAUAAGUCCAACUGGGUGAUGCAUCAAUACCAUUUAGGAAAAGAUGAGGAGGAGAGGGGUGGGGAGUUUGUGGUUUCUAAGAUUUUCUAUCAACAACCAAAACAAACUGACAAGAAUGAUGAAUUCCCGGUCAAGGAAGAGCAAGAUAAUUUGAAUCUUCACACUAGUCCGAGGACUCCAAAAACAAUUCCUCCCAAUCCACCUCGUUCAGGGAAGUCUGUGAUGGAUGAUGAUGUUACUGAUGAUAAUACAAUAAUGUCAUCUCCCCAGGAGCCAAAGUUUGAUGGACAAGCAUACUGUGUCCAGCCUCCUUCUGCUCAACCUGAGGAUGACAUAGAGUACUCCACAUGUUUGGCAGGAGAAUCUCAAGCUGCUGUAAACCCUGCCAUGACUUCCAUCGAUGAUUCUCUGUUAAGCGAGAUCUUCAAUGCUUCAUCCCUUGUAAAUAAUUCAGGAAAAAAUAAUGUUCCAGAAACUGGCCAUAGUCUCGGCAGCAAUGAGGUGACAAGGAACAACGAUGCAUCUUACGAUCUCUCUGACUCUGAGCUUGCAAAGUUAGGAUUAUUAGACAUCCCACUUGGUAUAGAAGUUCCUGAUUGGCCAUUUGGCUCACAGGACAGCAAUCAUAGUUGGUGGGACCGGCCAUGAGGAAUUUUUGUAGGGUUGUUCUGUCUUUCGGAAAUGGUUGCAUGUUUUGGCCUCAUCCUCGGAUUCUGCAUGUUGGAGAUUUGGUACUGCUGUUUUCCAUUCCUCGGUGUUGUUGUAAUUAUAAAGUUCAAAUGAACUCUAGCAAAUUGUAAUGAGUAACGACAUUAAUGACUUGUGUUGUAAUGACAGUGUGUACAUUUACUACAGUAACUAGUUUCAUAAGAAAAUGUUCAUAUAAAU